AUGCUCUCUCAACUGUCAAUGAUGGAGGAGGAUAUGCGGAAUGCGAAUGCUGCAAUGGCAGGCGAACUCUAUCCAUUGGCACAGCAAAAGGCGACUACGGUCAUACAAGAAGGAAGGGACAUAUCCGCGAAGGAGGUUCUCACCUACGAGGAACAAAGUCUUGUCAGACAAAGAUGUGAAGAAAUGGAUGCGAAAUUGCGGGUACUUGAAGAACUUGCCAACGAAAGGAGAAAUAUGACUCAAAUUAGUCAAGAGUUGGCGAAAGUCUUUACCAAACAUCGGUUAAGCGGGAUGCAAGUGGUCCCGUUCUUGGCCACACACGCUGACAUGGGUGGAACGUUGAACGAAGCCGUCGAUUUCCUGGAAGCACAUCAGAAGUUCAUCGAAGAAGUUAUGGAGUUCGAGACUAUCUACGAACGACUGAAAGAUGUGGUUGAAAACAGAAUUCGCAUCGGAAGCUCCUUCGUUCAAUUGCACAAGUUCGCCAAAGAUCUGGAGUCGUCGUUUGACGGAAUCACGUCAUUGCUCGACACGAACCGCGACUUCGCCAAUGAGAGGGUUGUCGCCCAAGUGGAGAACGUUUUCCGUAUGAUAGAGGAGACAAUGUUGCAGGAGAAACAUGAAGUGGAGAGGUUUGUGGCGUCUGCAGAGGCUGUGGCCAGAAACGACGACACUCUCGAUGUGACACGAUCGACUCAAGCGGCUAGGAACAUCCUCGUAGACCACGACCAUCGAUACGUUUACUUGAAGCACAAAUGGGCCGAAUGGCAGGCCAAUAAGGCUGAACUGAAGAAGAAAGUGACGGUUAUCGAAGAAAUAGAAGUGUGGCAGGAAGAAACUUGGGAGAUCAUUCGUCUGCUCGAGAACACCAAAGUGACCACACUGCAGGAGAGCGAAGGUCUUCAUCGUAGAGUGAAAGAACUGCAGCAAACAAUCGACCAACAGACGAAGAAAUUGGAGGAGGCAAGGCGAACAACUAAGAGCGAGGAGCUCACGAGAAGAAUCGAUGAACUGCUCAGAAGGCAGAGGGAGAUCAAGGAACGGGUAGCCCAGCUCGAGAAAAAGGUGGAAACCAUCUAUGAAUCAUUCCUUGAGGAGGAAGUUGUCGAAAGGAUCAGAGCUCCUCAAAUUUUGACAAACUCUGAUGCUCGAGGUGUAGACGAGGGCAGUCGAUUCGAAUUUGUAGCAAGGAUCGAGGGAGAACCAGAGCCGAAAAUCACAUGGCUAAAGGACGGUAUAGAUGUGAAGAGCAAUAUCGACUAUCGUCAGGACUUCGUGAACGGCGUUGCUAGCCUCGUCAUUGAGGAAACAUUCAUCGAAGACACUGCUACCUAUACAGUACGAGCUGAAAAUAUCGGUGGUGUAGCAGAAAGCAGCGCUACAUUGACUGUGAAGUGUGAGUGUAUGAAGCAUUCUUUCUCUUGUGCUGCUUUUCAGUAUUGCAUUGAAGCGAUACUGUUGUCCAAAGUUACUCGAUACCAUUUCAGCUCGUUCUGCUAUUUCGAGUCUGAUGGAAGAGGAGAAGCCGCGAUUCAUCAAGCAGCUGACCAAUGUGCAAGAUCGUCGAAGGGGAAACGGCCACUUUGGACUGCGUCGUCGUUGGCAGACCGGAGCCCGAAGUGUUUCACUGGUCUUCAGUUCUCAUCGGACAGCGGACUGUACACGGUCAGAGCACGAAACGUUCAUGGAGAGACCACUGCUUUCUGCCAGCUGAAGGUGAUUCAAAAGAAGGUGCCUCCCCCUGCUCCACCAAAACGACCUCGCCGACCACUCGAAGCACCCACAUUCCAGCAGACUCUCACCACCACGACAGUAGAAGAAGGAGACACAGCCAAACUAGAGGUAAUUACUCGAGGUGAACCUCUGCCUGAAGUGACGUGGACCUUCCAAGAGCAGCCGAUUUACCAGAGCGAGACCGUCAAGAUAGAAGAGUUUUUGGAUGGCACUUCUCGUCUGAUCAUUUCACCGGUCACCACGACCCAUACCGGAAUCUACACAGCCACGGCCAUAAACGAAAUUGGCGAGGCGCGCACGUCUGCCCUUCUGAAUGUGAUCGAGAAGAAGACCGUCGAUGAACACAUGCUACAAGAGGUAAAAAGACACCUACGAAAGAUUGCACGUCCAACGGAAAGAACGGAAGAAGUGACCCGGAAAGAAGAGAUGCGGUAUGUCGAGGAGCAAGCAAUGCCUGUAACAACGACAGAGACGAAGAAGAGUGAAAAGCGUUGGACUGAGUUGAUCGAUGAGCAGAUGUCUCAGACGUCACCGGUUCCCGUUACAAUUCCAGUGAGCCCUGAACUCAAGCGGAUUGCAACCGAGAAGAGAUGGGUUGAUGAAAUAGACGAGAUCCUCGAGCAACGUGCGCCUCCGCCGGUGACUACCGUCGAAGAAAAGGAGACAAAGACCGCCGAAACAUAUGUCAAAAUUCACGAGGCUCAUCCACCGCCGCCAGUGCAAACGACUAGCACAGAACGCACCUCCACUGAGGUCUUCAAUAUUGCGCAAGUUCGUGAGGCGAUUCCGCCGCCGCCGGUUGAGACGACUACCACUCAACGUGUCUCCACAGAAGUUUUCAGUGCUGGACAAAUCCAUGAAGCUCGGCCAGCACCAAAGGUUGAAACAACCACCACUGAAAAGGUCACGAUGGAGGUAUACAAUGCCGGGGCUUAUUAUGAGGCGAUUCCACCGCCCGAAGAGAAGAAAAAGUACACGGCAACGACCACCAAGCAAGCCGAUCACCUCUACACCGCUAAAGUUCAACCAACUCCGGAAGCACCUGAUGUACAGGUCGCUACCGCUGCCGAGAUUGUUGAAAGAGAGCACGCAGCGGUGAGCGCUAUUUUACUUUUAUUUUCUUGA